AGAUGAUCUUGCCAAGCCCGCCAGUAACUUGUACCUCCACAAUCUGUCCGGGAUACUGGAGACGGCCAUCAGGGCCACCAACGCCCAGUUUGAUGACUCCGACAUCCUGAAGAGAUUGGAUGUUAGGCUACUGGAGGUUUCACCGGGAGACAAGGGCUGGGAUGUGUUUAGUUUGGAGUACCAUGUGGAUGGACCAAUAAGAACGGUUUUUACUCCACAAUGCAUGAUGUCGUUACUGAGAAUUUUCAACUUUUUAUGGCGUGCCAAGAGAAUGGAAUAUAUAUUGGCCAUUGUGUGGAAAAAUCAAACGUCAAAUUCUAGAUCACUUCGUUGUAUUCCAGAAUUAUCAGGCAUUCUACAUCAAUGUUACGUUUUGGCCAGUGAAAUGGUUCAUUUCAUUCAACAAGUGCAAUAUUAUAUCAAUUUUGAGGUGUUGGAGUGUUCCUGGGAUGAACUGUUGACCAAAGUGAAGGAAGCGGAGGACUUUGACAACAUCAUAGCGGCCCAUCAAGUCUUCCUGAACACAGUCAUCAGCAGGUGUCUUCUGGACGAGCAGUCGAGGGAUAUUUUAACCCAGUUGCGGACGAUAUUUGACCUGAUUAUAGACUUCCAGACAGCUCAGAGCGAGUUUUAUGAGGAAGCUAACGACGAACUACAAGCUCGACAACACUAUGAAAAACUACAGCAAAUAAGGAGUCAGAAGGGAGACUGGGCUUUAACAGAGGAGUAUGAGGAAGAAGAACAUGUAAGGAGAGUGGAAUUCCUGAAGAACAUUAUUCCAUCUAAACGAGCCAGAUUUAAGGUCCUCUCACAGUCUUAUCAAGUGAGUGUAUAUGGUAUAUUUAAUGUUGUCUCGUGUAAACAAGAAUUGCCCUACUGA